AUGACGAACCGAUUCCCCUGCCCCGAGGGAGCCCGCCCCUCCUGGCUGUCUCCACUGGAAACCCGAGCGGUGCCCAGCUUGGUUACAGGGCCUCCAGGACAGAGGGAGGCUUGUCUCUCUGAGAACCCUCUUUUCCAGAUCCGAGAGACUGAAGUCGUGGACCCUCAAGACCUCCGCCUCGAAGGCCGGUACUUUUCUGGAGCCCUGCCAGACGAUGAGGAUGUUGGGGGUCCCGGGCAGGAGCCCGAUGACUUUGAACUGUCUGGCUCUGGAGAUCUGGAUGGCUCAGAGGACACUAGGAUCUCCCCCGAUGUCAUCCACCCCUUGGUACCAAUUAAUAACAACAUUCCAGAGAGGGCCGGUCCUGUGAACCGGGUUCCCUCACAACCCAAGGAGUUGGACGAAAACGAGGUCAUUCCCAAGAGGAUCUCACCCAGUGAUGGGAAUGAAGACGUGUCCAAUAAGGUGUCCAUGUCCAGCACUGCCCAGGGCGGUAGCAUCUUUGAGAGGGCAGAGGUCCUGGCAGCUCUGACUGUGGGCGGGGUCGUGGCCGUCCUCUUUGCCACGUUCCUGGUGCUGCUGCUGGUGUACCGCAUGAAGAAGAAAGACGAAGGCAGCUAUGACCUGGGCAAGAAGCCCAUCUACAAAAAAGCCCCCACCAACGAAUUCUACGCGUGAAGCACCCCCUCCCAGGGGUGCUCUGAUUGGAUUGUGGGAGUGGGAAGGGUGGUGAACAUUAGGGGAGGGGGGGGGCAAUCCUAUGCGGACCUACCGGUAUCUCCAGCUCAGAUCGCGUUUGAAUGUCAGAAGAUGAAGCGCCAUCUUCUAUUGGGUCUCCAUUUCUUGGGCCUCCAUUGCCCCCCCCCCCCCGCGGAAAAAAUGGGGUUCCACUUUCUGAAGGCAGCCUGAGGACUGGAUCCUUGCUUAACCUCCCAGCAUAGAGCCUGGGACCCAAGACCAACUUAGAACCCAGCUUGAAUCAUUCCCUAGCUGAGCCCUCAGGAGCCCAGGGGCCGAGGGGGUGUGAUGGGGAUCCUGGCUGGAGGACUUGAUGCCCCCCACCCACCCCCACCACCAGAGGCCUUCCUCGCGCCUUUCACAGCCUGUCUGCCAGGAAUUGGGAAGAGGAGCUAGCUCCAUCUGCACCUCCCUAGAUGGUCCUUGGGGAUUUGUGAGCACACUACAGGAUUCUGUAUUGUAAGCUGGGGGCCUUUCUGGGCUCUUUCACAUGACUUUUGGAAACCAGCCUUUUUUUUUUUUUCUUAAACUGGGAAAGGGCGGGGGAGAGGAAAGAGCCUGAUUGUCCGUACUGAAUGGCUCUGUCGAAUGUGUGUAGACCUAUUUUUAAGUAGGGCUUGUUUUGUCUUUCAAACGGUUCAUUCCUUGAUGGCAGGGUCUCUCUCUGCCUGGCAAGAGCGUGCUAAGUCUGUAUUUAUGGUUUUGUUUUUUGUUUUUUUCUCAAAAAUGAGAGAAGAGCCGGAGAUGAUUUUUAUUAAUAUUUUUUUAUCAUUAUUUAUAGCUUCAGACAGGGCCUCUCCUUCCUUAAGCUCUCUUUCUGCCUCUCUGUCAUUGCUGUUGUUGACGGCACACUGCUGCCCAUCUCAUCUUCGGCCCUUUCUGAGGCUGCGUCCUCUUAAAAAAAAAGUAGCUUUUGCUGAAACAUAGAUUUCUAGCAGAUCUCAAACUAUGAUGCAAGGGAUAGUGGGAUAGUCUGUCUCUCUUGUAAUAUAUUAUUCGUCCUGGGUUCUAGAAAAAUAGAUGAAUAUAUUUUUUCAGGAAAGCGUGCGAUCGUUCCAGGUUGAAGUCGGCUGGUUGUGUGUGCGUGGCUUCUGCGUGGCCCGUGGGGGUGGUUUUUGUACCUGUUACUCUUAACCUGUUCCUCGCUGGUGCCUUUUUUCCCUCUUCCACUGGGACCCAGCGGUGGAAGAUGGACAAUUCUACCCUGUUUUCUGCUUUGGGCCCAGCUGGUGGUCCCCCAUGUGUUUCCUCUCAGCACUAGCCUGGACUCUGCCCACUUUGGUCACCACAGGCCACGGGUGGCUCUUGAAACGUGCAUCGCUUAGAGUUGCAUGAAGUUCAAGGUGUCGGCCCUAGGACGUCCAGCGCCAUUGACGUGCUCAGUGGCCUUUGAGUGUGCAGACAGAGCACUUCCAUCUCUUGUGCCGCUUUGAGGAUGAAGCUAGCUCAACAAGUCACCGCGCUAGCUCAGCUCCCCCGGGCAAGGGCAGAGGGUGCAGGGGACAUGGGGCUGACUAGGCAGCCAGCCUCAGCUGGAACCCUCUCCGGAGGGGAGGUACCUAGUGGUCUAUCCUGGGUAGCCAUAUCGUUCCUUGACCCCACUGGCUGGGGUCGGGGGGCCUCCCUCCUCUUGUGUACCCAGUGGCCAUUCCUGAGCUCCUUCACCACCCCAGCCCAGGGUCCCAGCUGGCUGGGUCCCCCGCCCACUGCCCCUCCCCCUUUCCUCGGCUGUGUUGGGAGUGAGCACCUCUUCUGUAGCCACCUCUCACACUGUUGUCUGUUACUGAUGUUUUGAUAAAGACAAUAAAACUUGGUACUUUGUA